UCAUCUGUAUUGAAUUGUGUUGUGUCUUUGUUUACGUUAUUAAGAUUAUGUCGAGCUCCAAGAGGAAUGGGAGUUGUCGAAAUGUUUGGAAAAAGAAAAAGUGUAUUUUAUUUUCUAUAUUGAUUUUCUUAGUUUUUGUGUUAUUCGUCAAAUACACGAUCGAAACGACCACCAAAUCUUUCAACGCACAGUCUCCAGCGAAAUGUUUAUUUUGUCAGUUUGCUAGUGGAAACAGGACACCACCAGUCCUUGAAUUUGAAAACGAUGAAUAUGUGAUAUUUAAAGACAUUCGACCAGCAUCUACUUAUCAUUAUCUCGCGAUUCCCAAGAAACAUUACGAAAGUUUAAAAGUGCUUAACAAGUCCCACGUUGGCUUAGUGAGUCGCAUGUACAGUGGCAUGGUCGACUUUCUGGGGUCGAAAGGUAUUGAUACGUCAGAUGCAGUGAUCGGAUUCCAUAUUCCGCCCUUUAUAUCGCAACAUCAUCUGCAUCUACAUGGAAUAUCACCCAUAUCGGGGAUGGGCUUUUGGGAUCGAAUUAACUUUUUGACGAAUUCAUUCUGGUUUAAGUCGGGCAAAGACGCCAUCGAUUCAUUGGAACGCUCUGAACUUUGAAAAGAUUCCCGGCUUACAAAUCAAAAAUAAGUUUAUCCUUUUCUCCGAUAUGUUUUGGAUAAAUUUCCCAAUUCUAUACGUUCACAAGAGUAAAUUAAAAAAAAUAAGUUUAAAGUAAUGCAUCUUAAAGAUACAAAAUAAACAGUGUAAAUUCUUGCCCUACACAAUCUCACGCACAUACACACAUAUCAACAUACGUAUGCAAUUUCCAAUAUACAAACACACAGUUCAUAAGCAACGAACGAUAAGAAACCGAAGUACCUCAUAUAUGAAUGUUUAUAAUAAUACAAGUUUAAAUUAUGUAAAUACAUCACAAUAAAAUACUUUAACGACUUAUGUGCAUACAUAAAAAUUAAAAUUUUGAAAGUUGCACUAAGGUGGUAACCCUAUUGAAGUCUGCAUCGAAAAUAAAAUGUUGCGAUC